AUUUUGUAGAAUUGAAAUAUUUUUGUGACGUGACGUGUUAGAUUCUGCCCUACAUUCUCAGGUACGAAAGGUGGCGGUAUUUACCUGAAACUAGUUUGUAAUCUACCAUUAAAACAAAAUAGAGCGGUUGCUAUUAGCAACCGUGCACUUAGUAAACUAACUGCAGUCCAGUUGAGGGAAAAUCUAGCAUAAAAUUAGACUUUUUCCGGAGCAUAUCGUGACGAGUCCACAUAGAGAUUCGAAGGGCGUCUUAAGGAAGGCCGACAUCAAUAUGGAGAAUGCAGACGGUAUUCAGCCAUCAAAUACAAAUCCACAAAAUUCUGACGUCAAAGACACCAGGGAAAUGCUGUGGUCCAGGAUAGAUGAGCAGUCUACCUUGAUCUACACACUGAAAAAAAGAGCCGAUGAAACGCUUCUGCGAUAUCAAGCACUUCAGCAAAUUAACUCUGAACUUGAGGACCAACUAGCCCUCUGCCAGAAAGAACUACAGGGCGAAAGAAAAAGAGCAGAUAUGUUAAAAUAUAGAUUCACAGAUCUGGCGGCCAAUAAUGAGGGAAUCAUUAAUUUCAUGGAGGAGCACAAAAACCAGAACGUGAUGCUAAAGGUGGAAAACAAGCGGCUGCAGUUGGAAAAUGAUUCACUCUUCUCAGAGAAACUACAUGAUAAAGAAAUGUUGGUUAAAAAACUGCUGCAAGAAAAUAAGCUGCUGAGAGAUAAAUGUACCGCUAAUGAACAGGAAUUCAGUGAGAAAAUCACUGAAAGUGAGUCAAACCGCAGAGAACAAGCAGUCCAGCAUAAAGUCAAAGUGGUGUCACUUCUAGAACAGUUGCAUGAUGCUCAAAAUCAGCACAACAAUGCUGAGGAAAGUUGUAAAGAUUUGAAGCUAAAACUUUCAGAAGCUCAAGAAGAACACGCUUUGAUGGAAACGAGCUUAAAAGAAACCAUAGCGCAUCUAAACAGUGAAAGAAAGAAAUUAUUGGAUAUUUCUAUUGAAAGAGGCAAAUCAAUUCAGGAAAAACAGGAACAAAUCUAUGAGCUGGAAACAAAAUGGAGAAACGAGGAAAAAGCCAAAAUUGAAGCACAGGAAAGAUUUGCAUCAGAUGCAAAAGCAGUGGAUAUAGAUGCACGAGUGAAGUCCCUCCAGGUUGCUCUGGACAAAUCCAUGUCAGAUCUGCAGAAGCUGAACGAGGAUUUCAAUGCUUUCAAGGAACACAGCAACAACCUGCUGACACAGGAAAAGGACUUAAAUCAAAAACUUCGCCAUAUUAUAGGUUGAAACUCUGCACUAUGUAGAGUGGUUUUUCUUACUAAUUCCUAAUAAAAAAAUAUAUAUCUUUCAGAAAGAAUGUUUACUUAACUUAGACAUAAUAAAUGCUUUCUCGUAUUUUUCUGUGCCACAAUAUGUUUUUAUUUAAUUUCUACUUUUCAAUAAGAAUGGAAGUAGCACACCCACUUAGCAUGAUUCAUUGUUCCUGGAGAAGAAACUUUACAAAUGUUCACAGUCUCAAAGGAAAGUCACAUUUCUGAAUGUUCUUCUGCCAGAGGAGCUUUGAAUGUGUGGUAUUAUGGAGAAUGACCGUGUUUGAGCUUUAAAUCAUGUUAUAUUGUUAUUGGGCAAACAUUUUUGUGAUGUUGUGACCUGAAAUGCAGAAGCUUCUUAAAGAGACAAAAGCACAAUUUUGUCAAAUUGCGAAGUAAAAUGUCUUUUAAGAUCAUGUUUGAUGUACACAGCACAACUGAGGGUAACAUAGUUGCUUUAUUGUGCUACAUAAUGGCACUAUGUUCCUGGAAAAUACAUAAUGCUACCCCCUGAAACUGUAGCAAGGCUGAAUCUUGCCACCACAAAAAUAUUGAUGGUAAGAGAGGUAAGAAAAAAACCCUCCAAAGCUCAUCAAUAACAUUUAAAUAAUCUAUUCAUUGAUGCCUAUAAAGGAACAUUACUCAAAAAAAUACUUAUAAAAUGCCCUACAUGUACAUUUUUGAUCGUUGUCAGUGGAACAAAGAUGUAGAGGGAUUGUUUUUUUUUUCCUGAACUGUCACUGAGUGCAACAUUCCUUUGUGUCAGAAAGUCUCCUCUAAUUACUUGUCGCCUGGGGCUCUCCAAUACAAAGCCUCUUUAUCGUGAGCACCAUAGGCAGAAGAAGCCUCCGUGAACUUUCUGCCCAUCUGCACAGGACACAGCUCAUCUUCAAACACACCAGGAAGAGAUCACUUAAAGGUCAACUGGACCACUGAAUGGUCAGAUGGUCAUUCUUCAGGGCCAGAGGGUGGAGAGUUGCCUGCAGGUUGCAGUAAUUUAUUCUGCUGAAAAUAAUUUGCAUGCCACUCACCUGCUGGUGCAAAACUUAUUUUGAUUUAAAUGCUGAUUAAACUAAUUACAUCACAUACUUUCAUUGAUUAUUUUCCAAGGCUUCAUUAAAUUAAUAUAUGUGUUGUAAUCCAAAAACAUCCUGACAGCUGUGAUGUUAGGCCUUGAGUUUGGAACAACAUUUUUUAUUUAAGUGGCGAGUCCUAGGGAGGCCACUAGAGUCCUUUACGCACUCUGGUGGCCAUUAAAACAGUAUAAAGUUAUUUGACCUUGGAUCACCCCCAUUUUGUCAGCCAGAGCUGUUAUGGUUGUCGCCCCAGGCAACAACCAUAAACCCAAAGAAACCAUUUGGGUUUCUUUGGGUUUCCACCCAAAGAUGGCCAGCUCUUUUCCAUUAUGGCCUCUGAACUUCAAACCGCUCUAAACUGUAGACUUAAUACUGUUUUGUAUCUCAGCUCUCAAACUCCAUUGUCAGGUUCAGUUUUUUCCAAACAAACCCAUCAGUCACAGAGGUGGUGUUGGUUUGUGUACCUGUAGUGGUAAGAGUUCAAACACGCUCUGUAACUUAAAGGUGUCAAAAACUUGCAGUAUUCCAAUUAAAGAAUAUGAUGACUAUGA